AAAAAAAAAAGAAAGAAAUUAUUAAUUGAAAGAAAAAAAAGAAAAAGAAAAAAAAAAAAUUUCUUACUUUAAUCAUGGUAAAAGAUCUUCCAAGGGAAUUGUGGCUCGAAAUUUUUAAACAUUUUAUUGUUAGUUUUGGUGUUAUGGAACUUUAUAAAUAUCGUAAAGUUUGUAAAGUUUGGUUUGAACUUAUUAUCGUUAUUUUGAUUGAUAAAUUAACGAGUAUGAUAACUAAAAUUAAGUAUUAUUAUCAAAUUAUAAGAGGAUCAAUUAAAGAAGAAAUUAAAAGCAAUAGUUCACCACCUCCAUCACCAUCUCCAUCAUCUCAUUCAUCCACUCAACAAACAAUGAAUAAUUUUAUCACAUAUAAUUAUAAUACAGAAUCAUUUGAAUGUAAUUUUAUUACGACAUUAAAUAAUGAUAAAAGUGAAGAAGGUAAAAAGAAAGAAAAUAUUAAAAAAAAAUAUAGUGAAUUUUGCAUAAUAUUUCAUUUAAUUUAUGAAAUUUUAAAUGUUGAUUCAAUUAAAAGAAUAAGAGAAUAUUUAAUACAUAAUUAUUGGUUAAAUAUUGAAGAAGAUAUUAUUGAUGAUGAUUCCAAAUAUUUUCAAAAAAUUAUUGUUAGAGGUGAUAAAUUAUUACCAUAUAUUGAUUAUAUUGAUCAAAUUAAUGAUUUAAUCUGUUAUUUUAAUAAUUUAACUACUGCUCAAUAA